GUAUGAUUGUUAAUUAAAUUUAUUAACCAGUUGAAUUCAUAUAUUCAUAUACGAUAGGAGGAAAGUAAGAGUAGCAUUUGCAGUUAAAAAAUUAAUUACCUUAAAAGAAGCGAAAUCUUACAGAUGAAGAUAGAAGAAAAAUAAAAAAUGAAAUAUAAAAUGAGUUUAAUAAAAAGAAAAUUCUAAAGAAAAAAAUUCAUAAGCAAAUUAUUAUAAAAGUAAACCAUAAAAAAUACUUAAAAUUGUAUAAGAAUAAGUUUUUAUUUGUAGAUUUAAUAAACUAAAGGCCAGAAAAAAUAAAGUGAAAAAAUUAUCAUUAGGAAAAAAAAUAAAAAUCAUAAAGAGAGAAAGAAUCUUUUAAUUAAAUAAAGAAGAUGAUGAUGAAUAAGUCAAAGUUAAAGAUGCCUAUGAUAAAGAAUAUGAUAAGGGUAAAAUAAAAAAAGUUAAGAAGAAGAGAGAAAGUUAAAAAUUAGAUUUUGAUAAAGCAUAUAAAUUAAAAUAUAAUAAAUGAAUUUAAAAGAUGAAUAAUUUAAUGAAGAAAUCUGUGUGAAAAUAAAGACUUUAGAUAAUCAUAAUUUAGAUGUUCGAAUUAAAUAAAGCCAAACAGUGAGUGAUCUUAAAAAUUUAAUCGAAAUAGUAACUUGUCAUGUUUAGCCAAGGUCUCAACCAUUCCAUCUUCGAGAUAGAGAUUAUUAUUUAAGGGAAGGUAACUUAAUAAUGAGGAUACUUUGAUUUCUUUGAAUAUUGAGGAUUAAUGUGUUGUUCAUUUAGUUGCCAAUAUGCCUGAAUUUGAAUCAUCUCCUUUAAAUAGAGGGUUAUCAACUAGUUCAAUUGAUGAACAUGAUAAUAGAAAUAGUUGUAUUUAUAUAGUAAAUAUUCAGUUGAUGUAUAAGAGAAUAGAAGAAACUCUAGAAAAAAGGUUUUAUAGCAAAGGUUACAUGGAUUUUAAUAAUUGCCUACAAGGAAUUCAUUAUAAUAAAAUGUCAUGACAUUACAUAAUCUUUUAUAAUCAUUCAAUACAGUGGCUGAAGUUAUUGAGCAAGGUUAAAUAUUUGCUUAGAAAGACUUUGAACUCGGUUAAUGGAUCGACUUUAAGGAUUCCUUUGGAGAAUGGGUUGAAGGUUAUAUUGGUUAAAAAUAAUAAAAUCAAGUUUUAAUUGUUCAAUAAAAUGGAGAAGAAUGGAUAGGAGUACCAUCUAAUAGAUUAGCAUUAUUCAGAUCUCAUACAAUACAAAAGACUUAUCACAUGUCUCCUAUAUUAAAUAACCAUGAAUAACAAUAAUUAUGGACCUUUAGUGAAUUACUUGGUUAAACAGCUAUGUUGUUAUCUAGAGCUGGAAAUAUGAUGUCUAGAUUGGCAGAUAGUGUAGAAGACAAAUCUAUUCCAUAAAAUAAAAAGGCCGAUAUGUCUAAUCUUAUAACUGGAAUGAUUGAAGAAUAAAGAAGAAUACAGGAAGAAAAGGUAGAAAAAUAAGAUGAUGUUACAUCUCUUAAAUCUAUGAAGUCUAUGAAAUCAGAUAAGAUAUCUAUUGAUUAUGAAACAUCAUCAAUUAAAUCUAUGAAGUAACUAUUUGACUUAAAUUAGAUCUGAUAUCUCUAAAUUAACUACUUAUUUUAUUGGUCAUAAUCAUAAUACAAUGAUGGCUGAAAAUAUUGCAGAAGAAGAAGAGAACAGUAGUUAAGACAUGUCAGUUGAUAAUCAAAGAGAUGUGCCUAAUAUUUCCAAAGAAUUUAAGGAAAAUUAUGCUUAUUAUGAGACUUCUUUGUUGGCUGCCUAAUUAGCCCCUCUAUCUGAUCGACUAGGAAGAUUAUUGUAAUAUUUUAAUUUUAAUUUUAUCUAGAGUUGAUUUAUCCCCAUAUCUUGCCUUGAGUGGAUCCAAUAUUAAUAAGUAUCUUUAUGUUAUAUGAAGUAUCUUUCAAAAUCAUCCUAAUUCCAAUAUAUCCAAUUUAUCCAUAAUUACUAAUGAAGGCAGUUAAUAUUCAACAUAAGCUAAACAAUAUUAUUUUUAAGUGCCCAUAUUGUUAACACCUUUUGAAUUGCAUACAUAAUCAUAAUAAGGAACAUCAGCCAACAGAAUUGUAGGAGAUAAUGUAGAUAUCUUAAAUCACUUAAAUAAUAAUAAUAAUGGUAGUAAUCCUCGUUAAAAAAAAACUACAAAAAAAGAGGAAGAAGAGAAAUAACAGUUUGUUACAAUAUCUAAGCAUAAAUUAACUUAAUCAUAUCAUUUAUCAUAUUAAUAAUAGUAAUAACAAUAAUAAUAAUAGUAAUAAUAAUUCUAAUAAUAAUAAUAAUAUUAAUAAUUUUAAUAAUAAUAAUAAUAAAUAAAGGAAUCAAAUUUUUAAGUUAUAGAAUAAGAUGAUACCUUAUAAUUAUAACAAUAUUAAUCAUUGAAGAAAGAAUCAACAGAUGGGUAAAUAAAAAAGAAAAAAAAAGGCAAAGAAGUAUCAUUUUCAGAAUAGAUUAAUCAACUGAAAAAAGAUAAAUAGUUUUGA